AUGGCGCAGCAAGGCUUCGAGGAGGACCUCUUACGGAGAUGGUUUCCAGCCAACGCCGAGAAGACAUUGACGCCCUUCACUGAGAACGAUAUUCGCGAGGUCGCAGACGUGUUGACACGCUGUGCACGCGAACGCUGGAGCCGCGUUCCAAGAUUGUAUAGCAUUCUCCGAAAGAUUGGGCAGCUAGAUACGAUUGAUUCUUUCAUUGACAGCGAUAUCACAGACGUCUAUUUCCCUUUCACGAAGAAUACAUUGCCGGAAGCGCUUUGCGAUCAUUCGGCACGACUGCGAUUCCUCGAGCUACAACACCUCGUCUACAACACUGAAGCGCUCAGGCUUGAGCGACGCGCACGUCAUGGACACUUUAGCGAUCCGACAGAAGUGCCUCUCAAGAAAGUUGGGGAGCUGGGCAAGGGUGGCUAUGGAUACGUCGAUCGUGUUGUUAGCACUAUAAGCCACCAGGAGUACGCAAGGAAACUGAUGCCAAGAGGAAGAACAUUCAAGCAAAACAAACAGGUUCUGAGGGACUUUACGAAGGAGCUUUCAAACCUCAAGCGGCUGUGUCAUAAGCAUCUUGUCGAGUUGGUUGGAAGUUAUACAGACAAGAGAUUCGUGGCUCUCAUCAUGCUUCCUGUAGCUGACACCAACCUACAGUCUUUCAUGGAGAGACCAGACCUCGAAGAGAGAGCCCGGUCCUUCUUGCGACCUUUCUUCGGCUGCUUGACAUCCGCGCUAUCUUACCUCCACGACAAUCGCAUCCGUCAUAAGGACAUCAAGCCCUCAAAUAUUUUGAUCAAAAAUGACCAGGUCUAUUUCACGGACUUUGGAACCUCACUCGAUUGGUCGGGUCGUGACAACAGUGUUACAGAAACGGCUUCACCCACGACUCCUCGCUACUGUGCUCCUGAGGUAAUGGCGUAUAUCGAGCGCAACACAGCGUCUGAUAUAUGGUCUUUCGGUUGUGUUUUCCUAGAGAUGUGGACUGUGCUGAAACAUCGCACCAUCAAGGACUUGCGGGCCCAUAUGAUGACCCAAGGCACAAAGGUAGAGGGAUAUCACUCCAACCUCGAAGCUAUUGCCAGUUGGAUUGCAUUACUUCAACAACUGCCUGGACCGUCAAGUGAUCUUCUCCCUGUAGACUGGAUCUUGAACAUGUUACAAGAGAAGCCGGUAGCGCGCUGGAACAUCCAUACCCUUGACAAUCGUAUCGGAGAAGCGAGCUUCGAGUCGUCUACACAACAUACUUUCAAGGGACUGUGCUGCCUUGAACUGGAAGACGAGAUAUCAGAGGACAGCCGUUUGUCAGAUGAGGAUCUUGAGAGUUCGAUAGCACCGCUGCCACGUUCUCAAAACACGUCCAGCUGUACAGAACUCAAACCGAAUCAAGCAGUCGUCGGCGAUAUGUUUACCAAUCUCGUAGCAUCGAACGCUUCAGAGGGGUUUAAUGAUUCUCCUUGUCCACCUGGGUUGUGCUCUGAACCUGAAGGCUUACCAUCCACGAGCAAGAACUUUGAACGUGGGGCUAAGGAACUAGCUUGCGAAGCAGCCAAUGAAGCGAGUAGCUCAUCUGACCAAGCAAACGGCAAGAUUAACAUGCCCGUUCAAACUCCAUGUUUGCUUUCAGGCUUUGGUCCUAGCAUCAGUGACGGUGAGAUCAAUUUGAGCAACGACGGAGCACCAUCAUCGGCCAAGAGUUCCCCUUCGAGUGGAGACGAGAGCUACGCGAGCGCUCCACCAUAUCAAAGCCUUUCUCGCGAUUCCGUUUCACUACCUGGUAUGCAAUUCGAAUCGACCCAAGCAACUAACAAUCAGAUCUUGUGUUUGCGAAACUCGGCUCGGUCGAUCGAUGAACACGACGUUGAUUCAAAAGUCUCCUCACCAGUUGCCAUCAAGCGAAUGGAGGCGAAAAUUAUAAUCAACUGUUCUGCGACGGUAUUUCCCAUGUCUGAGCCAGAAAGAAAGGCUGCGUGGGACUUUGACCGGCACGCUCGCGACUGUUCUGAUUGUUACAACCCACUUGGCAUCUAUCUUGGCAACCGUCGUCUCUGCGAGGAAGGACGCGCAUACGCAAGUCUUCUUCUUGAACACGUAUGCAGAUUUGACGGAAAGAUCCACCAGACUACCAAGUAUCAAUAUAUAUGCAAGCCUAAUCACCUAUGGCCUAUCUUCAGAGCUGGUCCAUCUCCUCUACGCACCAUCCCGUUGGAGUACAUACAAGUGAGAAGUCUAUUAAAAGCAGUCGAGCGCAGCAUGCUCGACCGACCGUCUUCGCUUCUCAAGAGGAGCUUGUGGUCGUUACCCGAAGCAACGACCUUUUGGGCAAGAUUACACAUGUGUGUUAUCUGCAAGAGACCAUUGGGUGAACGUGAGUGGGACUUGUUAGAGAGGGAAAAUGUGCUGUCAUGUUCUCAUGAAGUUCACUGGUAUUGCAGAGCACAAGUCGACAGACUAGGAUGUCGGGGUGAGCAAUAUUGUUCAUGGUGUCCUGAUGCUGCAUUUGUUGUAGGCCAUGGAGCGACGACAUCAACUGCCCAACAUGAAAAGCCCAAAGCGAGACGUAGGUGGUCGAAAACCCAAGAGUCACUCAGCGAAGACAAGACUGGAGGAACCCGAUCAGUGGCAGACCCACGUCAAUUGCCUUACUACCAUUCCAGGCAAAGUAGAACCCCUCUUGACCCCAUGUACGAGUCAGUCCAAUACAACGGAUCCCUCGAAGCGGAAAUUCGGUAUCCCCUUCGCUCCCACAAGAACAUCGAAGCGCAACGUAGAACACCUGAAUAUGUUCCUAUAUAUGAUCCAGGGCCCCGUUCAUCGAGGCCGAGGCGAGCUGAUAUCUCACCAGCAUCCAAACCGACGCCAUCCGCCGCUGGAUUGUACGCAGCAUCUGACCCGCGGAGACUAUGGCAAGAUUAUCAGCCACCACGUGGAACUCCCGAAUAUGUCCCGAUCUACGAGCCAGAGUCAGCUUCAUCUAGACCGAGGCGAGCUACCACUUCAUCAAAACAGGGAGGAACUUCUAAUAAACCAAGGCGCACAUUGAGAGAUCCUUGGGUCUCAGCUAAGAAGGUCGGAGAUAAUGGGUUUAUCGUCGAGUUCGGAGAGGCUAACAGUUCUUUACUACCAUCAGGGCCUGCGAGCAGAGGGGCGAUACCUUCACAACGGCAGGAAGAAAACAGCUCUAUUACUAUCAAACGAGGACAUUAUCCGCUUCCACAAGCGGCAGGUGUUAAUAGUGCCAAGAGCAGCAGUGAUGCUGAAAGUAGUAGUGAUGCUGAUAGCGAUGAUAGUUGGGACUAUAUCGACGAAGAUAACUCGCCAGAUACUCAGAACGAUACCCAUAACGACACCCACACAGAAUCAGCGUUUAGUACGGCAGCAACGUGCGGGUAUGAGUCACAGGACGAAGAGAUCGUCAGGCAGCCCUAUCCGUCAGUUAACCCGUUUGCUUACGUUCCACAACGCAGGAACUCUCCUUGGCGGCAAGAGCAGGCUCCAUUAGGUUCAGGAACUAACCGGUAUGGAGCGGUGCCAGCUUCUCCUCUAUCUCGAACGGCACUGCCACAGAAAUCACAGAAACCAAAGAUCCAACGGAAACGUUCAAUACCUUUCCGGGUCGAGCGGGAGAUCCAGAGCGAAGGGACUCAGAGCGAAGAUAAUUCUGAUGCCAGUAUGGUCGCACAACCUUCACGUCCAACUCCACAUCCACACAGAACAACACCAAACGACAACCCACUGUACAAGCGUACGCGGGAUAAACCUACACCAUCACCAGAGUAUACGCUCCCAAACAAUCACCACAUACGCACUGCGACAUCCAACGGCAUGUACGCACCACAGUAUCCGACUCCUCCUCCGGGCUACAUGCCCUACGACCAUUUCCGCACCACGCCGCCAAUGUCUCCUGGUCUCUAA